ACAUUGAUUGCCUAACAGACAAAAAUCAGCUCCGUUUUAGUAUGUGGUAUGGCUUCACGUCAGAUGACGGUCAACACGAACACACUUGCUGAACAAAUUUAUUUAGAGCUGUGUACUUCAAAAAAUAACACGCUUUCUUUGAUUUCCGUUAUCAGAUUGACUGCAAUCAAACAUGAGCAGCGUGCUGAAAACUCAGGAAGAUCGGGUUAUUGAGCUCAAUGAAUGGGAGCAACGCUGGGAGGAAAACAAAAUCGGCUUUCAUCAGCCACAAGUACACCGGUAAAGACUACAUACAGUGGGAUGCUGGAGAGUAAAUUGGACAAAGUUUUGGCUGGGCGGAAAGAAGUUCGCUUUUUCUUUCCUCUCUGUGGGAAAGCUGUGGAUAUGAAGUGGCUAGCAGACAUGGGGCAUUCAGUGGUUGGAGUGGAGAUAUCUGAAAAAGCCAUUCAACAGUUCUUUGUGGAGAACAACCUGACCUACAGCGAGGAGGCUGUUCCGGGUUUACCUGGAGCAAAGAUCUUCAAGAACUCAGAGAAAAACAUCUCCUUGUACAACUGUGAUCUGUACAGCUUCACCAGUUCAAUUGCAGGUCAGUUUGGGGCUAUUUGGGACAGAGGAUCUCUUGUGGCCAUCAACCCAAGAGACAGAGAAAAAUAUGCUUCUCUCAUCAUUUCUUUGAUGGCCAAUGACUGCAGAUACCUUUUGUCCACGUUGAUGUACAAUCCUGAACUUUAUAAAGGCCCCCCCUUUGUUGUGCCUGGUGAGCAAGUAUAUGCCCUGUUUGGAGAAAGGUGCAACGCAGAACAGCUCCUAUCAGAGAAUGUCACAGAAGACAAACACCGGGCUCGGGGCAUAGACAACCUGAUUGAGCAACUGUACCUCAUCACUCCAAAGAUGAAUUGAAAGCAGAUAAUCCAUCCAUUUGCUGAGCCGCUUCUCCUCACUAGGGUCCCAGCUAUCAUCGGGCAGGAGGCGGGGUACACCCUGAACUGGUUGCCAGCCAAUCGCAGGGCACAUACAAACACAACAUUCACACUCACAUUCACACCUAGGGGCAAUUUAGAGUCCCCAAUUAAUGCAUGUUUUUGGGAUGUGGGAGGAAACCGGAGUGCCCGGAGAAAACCCACGCAGGCACGGGGAGAACAUGCAAGCUCCACACAGGCGGGACCGGGGAUUGAACCCCGCUCCUCAGAACUGUGAGGCUGACGCUCUAACCAGUCGGCCGCCUGAAAGCAGAUAAUACUUGAUAAAUAAGCAUCUUUUUGAGAACUAUGAUUGGUGAAUUUAUGAAUAAAAUACUUGCUUGGUCA